AGUGUCAUUUAUGUCGCUACCUUAUCUGUUAUUCUGUGAAUGUAACACAUACAUACAAUAGAAAUAAGAAAAAACGAACAAAAGUUUACAAAAUCACCCAAUUGCUUUCAAUAACAUUGAGCAAACAUCGAACACGUUAUCGUAGGCCACACGGAAAACAAAGUACUGGGACCUAGCAACACAAUGGCCACCGAAGAGCUACCAGCUGAUCUGGACAAGUUGAAAAUAACACAGACUCAUCGUCUCGUCAAAAGUGUGAAGCGAAAUCCAUUUUACGAUGCAGAUAAUGGGUUCGAUCCAUCUGAUGGCUGCGAUCGCGCCACAACUGAUGGCGCCAAGCACCGACCACAACAUCGCUGGAAGUGCAGACCACGCCGUAGAUCCGAGAGUUGUCUGCAGGACUGCAAGCAUGAGGACUCCUUUGUUCCAGAAGAAUCCUUCGAGAUUGUUAGUCCGCUGAGCUGCUCUCACGGCGUCCAGAAGCACUAUCAAAAGCGCAAUGGCGCAUCGAAGAAAAACAUAUUUCGGCCACCAAUUUUGAAGUCCUUGUACGGCUGCGAGCAUGGCAAAUGGAUUGUGCGCAGCGGUAGGAUUGUGCCGUGCAAGCCAAAAGAGGAAUCCAGUGAUAUUGUUGACCAGGUCGCCGACGAACUAAAAUCGAGCUGCACAUGCGCGUUUCGCGAUGUCAUUGGUGAAUGCAACGCCAUGCUCGACCAGUCGAAGCGAAGCACCCUGGGAAAUAGCUGGCACUUGUCGAGGAACAGCAGUUCAUCGAAGGCGCGCCACUCAGCUGGUGCUUUAGAUGUGCCAGGACCUUCGGGAUCCGCACAGAGCCAUAGGAUCGACACCUUGGGAGUUUCUGCCGCCACUAGAUCUCUGUCAGCCGUCUCGCUGGUGGGAGCAACCUGCUCGCAGCAGGCCAGCUACAAUUCGGCGAGUCCAGGGAAUUGCGAUGAUGUUACCAUCGGGGAGCUGGCCAGCUACUUCGACACCAUUGUUCAUAUUCCCAAAAAGAUGUCCUCUAUGGCUGAGAUGAUGUAUAUAUAAUAAGCGAAUCGUCAACCUUAUUAAUUCAUACAAUUUCUCUGAAUAUCUUUCCCCUUGUAACUCAAGUUAUCUAACCUAAAUAUUUAUAGUGUAUAUUAUGUACAUAGUCAUUGGUAUAUUUUGCGAAAUACAGCAUUUCUAAGCAUA